AAAAUUGAUUUCUUCUUCCAAACAAACACAUUAAAGUUAAAUUGAUAUACAUGUCAUUUUCACAAGUAUCAAUCUAUAUUGAAACACUCUGUUAGCCUUGAUCCCAUAGAACGGAAUACUAGCAGUAGCACCAAUAGAAUAGUAGAGUUCAGUUAGAGAACAUUGGUUGGUAGAGACAUUAAUGCUUAUCAGUGGAAGACAUUAAUAAAUACGACAGAAGCAGCUUACUAGAGUGUAAGACCCCCUGUGCAGAUCAACGAGAUUGAAAUAGGUAAUGGCCAAUAAGGUGUAAAAGAAAAAGCAGUAAAAAACCAUGUUACCGUAUCACAAAGAAAAACAUGCAUGAGUUUAUUUUUAGAGAUCAGCAUUCAGCAGUGAGCGUGUUUGAGAGGAGAAGAGAAGAGAAGAGGACAGUUGGAAAUAUUUAUUAUUCAUUUACUCCUCUUUCAAAUGUGGCAGUUGAGAAAUAUUGAAAUUUGAAAUCAACCUUUCAUCCUUCACUAUAUAAUAUAACCUCACUACUCCUUCCUUCAAUACUACACAUUCAUUAAGUUCACUAACAAUGAGAGUUUUUUCUAAUGGCGUUGUGGUUGCUUUCAUCCUGUGCAAUAUUCUACUUGUCACUGGCUUGUUUGAAGUGGCGGAUGGUAGACAAGUUAAGGAUGAUAAGCAUUUGAUUCAUCCACCAUUCAUUCAUCCACCACAUUUGUUAGGUCACGGAUUCAAACAUGGAAGGUUUGGUGGUGGUGGCAUUGGUGCUGGUGGAGGUUUAGGACUAGGAGGUGGCAUUGGUGGGGGUUUUGGAGGUGGAGUUGGUGGUGGCAUUGGUGGGGGUGUCGGAGGAGGUGGAGGACUUGGUGCUGGUGGAGGGCUUGGACAUGGGAUUGGUGGGGGCAUUGGUGGAGAUGGAGGAAGUGGACUUGGUGGCGGUGGUGGGCUUGGUCAUGGUGUUGGAGGCGGCAUUGGUGGAGGUGCAGACGGUGGUUUAGGAGGUGGAGGCGGAUUUGGUGGUGGUGCCGGUGGUGGACUUGGUCAUGGUGGUGGGAUUGGCGGAGGAGUAGGUGGUGGUGGGGGUCUAGGAGGUGGAGGUGGAGGUGGACUUGGUGGUGGUGGGGGGCUUGGACAUGGUGUAGGUGGUGGCAUUGGCGGAGGUGGUGGGCUUGGUCAUGGUGGAGGAUUAGGUCAUGGUGUUGGAGGUGGCAUUGGCGGUGGAGGAGGAUUGGGUCAUGGUAUCGGUGGUGGCAUUGGUGGAGGAGCAGGUGUUGGCGGCGGCAUUGGUGGUGGAGGAGGAUUGGGUCAUGGUAUUGGUGGUGGCAUUGGUGGAGGAGCAGGAGGUGGUGGUGGCAUUGGAGGUGGAGGUGGAUUAGGCCAUGGCAUAGGUGUUGGUGGUGGAGGUGGACUAGGCCAUGGUAUCGGUGGUGGCAUUGGUGGAGGGACGGGAGGUGGCGGCGGCAUUGGUGGGGGAGCAGGAGGUGGUGGUGGCUUUGGUGGAGGAGCAGGAGGUGGAGGCGGUGUAGGAGCGGGUGGUGGGAUUGGAGGUGGAGCUGCUGGAGGAGGUGGUUUUGGCGGGGGUGGUGGUGUAGGCGGAGGUGCUGGUGGAGGGGUUGGUGUUGGUGGUGGAUUUGGAAAAGGAGUAGGCCUUGGGGGAGGAGUCGGCGGUGGUGGAGGAGGCGGCUUUGGAGUCGGUGCUGGUAUUGGAGUUGGCGGUGGCGCUGGAGCCGGUGGUGGCAGCAGCCCUUAGGCGGUAUUACUAGUGUUGAAUGUUGAUACUGAGUCAUUAUAUAUCUGUUUUAAACUAUGAAUGCCUAGUAAUUUUUAGUCAAGCUACAAUCCUCUCUUUUGUGUGAUUCAAAUAGUAUUAAUUAUGCUUUAUAUUGGUAUUCUUAAUUAAUGAGUAUUAUUUGCUUAUAAACAUCUGUAAUGUGAUCUCUGUCUUUCUCUUCAA